GCAGCGGCGUCAAGGAGCGCUAUUUCCUCUCAUUGUCGAGAGGUCGUGAGCAGGAAGUCGGAAAAGAAAGCAGAAACAGAGGGGGCAGGGCCAUUUAAAAAUACCUGCUGCCCUACAAUAACGGGACCAAAAGACAGCAGCUCAUACGGGACAGCGCGUCGGUGAAUGCGUCGCAGAGGAGAUGCCGUGCUUCACGUAAACCCCUACAUUCAUUAUGCACGUGCACCGCUGUCAUUAAACAACGGAGUUGAGGAACAUCAGUCUGUCAGCACUUCUUUAUUCAGAAACAACAUAAAGCAUGAGGACUGCAUGCGUGGACUGCAUGGUUUAGGAAAGAAGAUAUAUUAAUUCUGCACAUUCAUUCUUGAUUCAACUGGAUGCAUGUUGUGUCAUUUGGCGUAAAUGAUGUAUUGUAUGGGCUGUUCUAUCUGAAAGCAAGGCAGGUGCAUUUUAUGCGUUAAAGCGUUUUUGGAUUUUUUUUUACACUGAUGGUCUUUCAGCAGCACUAACGUCGGGUGUGGGACAUACUCUGAAGUGCGCACAUCAAAUGCACUUGAUAAUUGCCUAACCAUAUAUUUAACAUGGCAUCUACAAUAGAAAGGAAGACACUGGAGGCAAACGAGGAACCCGUGGAUGAGGUGCUUCAGAUGCCACCAUCACUCCUGACGUGCGGCGGAUGUCAGCAGAGCAUCGGGGACCGUUUUUUCCUUAAGGCCAUCGAACAGUAUUGGCAUGAGGAUUGUCUUAGCUGUGACCUCUGCGGCUGCCGCUUAGGAGAGGUGGGCCGCAGGCUUUACUACAAACUUGGCAGGAAGCUGUGUAGACGAGACUACCUCAGACUAUUUGGUCAGGAUGGGCUCUGUGCUUCCUGUGAAAAGAGGAUCCGGGCCUUUGAAAUGACCAUGCGAGUCCGUGAUAAAGUAUACCACCUUGAAUGCUUCAAAUGUGCCGCAUGUCAGAAACACUUUUGUGUUGGGGAUCGCUACUUGCUCAUCAAUUCGGACAUUGUGUGUGAGCAGGACAUUUUUGAGUGGACCAAACUGAAUGGCAACAUGGUCUAGUUUACUCCCCAUAAAAAUCUUUAACAUAUCCCUUUAUGCAGUCAAUUCUAAAAAGCACCGAACCUGAGAAAAGACCACCAGCAACAUACAAUUUAUUUUCUAGUUUAAGGAUUUUUGUAAUCUAUAAACAACACAAAUAGAGUUUGUGUUGUAUUGCAAUAAAGGCUGAAUGAUCUUUGCUACUUUAAUAGAAAGUUAGAUUUAAAGAUAGGGUCGGCAGUAUCGCAGCAAUAACAAAUAUCUUAAAAAGCAUAAAAGGGAUAAAGAUCCCAAAAUAAUUUCAGAGCCAACUCUACUCCCAAACACAUGAAUGUAAACAGCCAGAGCAGAGUCUGCAAAGCUUCACAAGAGACGGCUUUAGUGGAGCAUGGAACCCGGCGCUUUCAUGACCUCAUGUCUCAUUCACCAGUAAAAGUAUAUAACAUUACAGUAAUAAUAACGUAAAAACACUCUGUGACUUUAGCAAUGUAUCUACAACUCUGCACAGCCUCAUGAAACACUGAUAAUGUGUGAAGCACCGUGCACAAAGUUAUGUUAAUACACAUAUAGACAGGCAGGUAGGACAUCAUUGGCUCUCAACCUAUGUAUAAGCAUAACUUUGUGCACCUGACAAACAUUUUAAGGUCUUGAGACUUCCACAGAGGACAUAUGUGUAACAUUAAGACCACUUUACUUAUUUAUUGCUAUCAGGAUAUGAAGAGACUUUCAACCAGUAUAACAAAAAAUUUGCCUACCCAAGCUUUAAACUUUAAGAAAUGUUAUUUUUUUUAAGAAGAUCAUUUUCACAAAAUGUGACAACAUCUUGUUAUUAUACUCUCCCAAAACUAUUGUGAUGCAGAAUAGAUGCAUUUUUUUUUCAACACUAUAACAUCUGUUUAUGUAUAUAUGUGUGUUUGUUACAUAAAGGAGAAUAACUGAGCAAUAAAUUACUUAAGAAAUUUAUGCCAAAAGUGAUAAAUGAUUAACAUUUAAUAAACUGUUUUACCUAUAUUAAAAACAAACCGUUUUUUAGGACUUUUUCUAAUCUUUAAGUUCAAAAAUUUGUGGUUUAAAACAAUGAAAAAGAGCAAGUCAGGGUAAUUCUCAAACAUGACUGUUUUAAUUUUCUUGUAGAAGAUAAACUAAUUAAUAAAGUAAACCAGAAGCAGUACAAACAUGACAAAUGUAAGUGUUACAUUUUUUACCUAUCUGCCCCUUAAAAUGUUGUCAUGAGGGGCACUUAUUUUAGACCAUAAAGCAACAGCCAACAGUUAUCUAAAGUUUAAUUUAAGAAAACAAUGGGGAGCUACAUUAAAAACACGCUUCUGAUGGUAAUGUGAAACUGAAAUCAGGGUGUUACAUUUACUGUAAACAUCUAGAUACUGUAUCUGUUUUUUAAAGACGGAAACGAGAACAAUGGUUCUGAUACCAUCACAGCCAGAUUAAAGAUGCUAAAGAGAGAAAUUCCUCUAUUUACAUUGCUUUGUACAAUUCAGAAGAUGACAGUUUA